GUGCAACAGAUCCCAGCGCAUGCGCAGUUCAUUGUUUUGACUGAAAAUGCCGUCGGUUUCGAAAACGGCGGCCAAUGCGUCUCCUCAAACCGAGAAACCUACCCACUAUACAUACUUGAAGGAGUUCAGGACUGAGCAGUGCCCGCUGUUCCUCCAGCACAAGUGUACGCAGCACAGACCCUUUACGUGCUUUCACUGGCAUUUUCUAAACCAGCGGAGAAGGCGACCCAUAAGAAGAAGAGAUGGGACCUUUAACUACAGCCCGGACGUCUAUUGCACGAAAUACGACGAGACAACAGGCAUUUGUCCGGAUGGAGAUGACUGUCCCUAUUUACACCGGACAACGGGUGACACAGAGCGCAAGUACCAUCUACGCUAUUACAAGACUGGCACUUGUAUCCAUGAGACAGAUGCCCGAGGGCAUUGUGUGAAGAAUGGCCUCCACUGUGCUUUUGCUCAUGGGCCACAUGAUCUCCGACCUCCAGUCUAUGAUAUCAGGGAGAUCCAAGCACAAGAGGCCCUCCAAAAUGGACAGUUGGGGUCUGGGGAGGGUAUUCCUGAUCUGCAACCUGGUGUAUUAGCAAGUCAGGCCAUGAUUGAGAAAACUCUGACAGAGGACCCACGGUGGCAAGAUACCAACUUUGUUUUAGCCAACUAUAAAACAGACCAGUGUACUAAGCCUCCAAGACUUUGCAGACAGGGUUACGCUUGUCCCCACUACCACAACAGUAGAGACCGAAGACGAAAUCCACGAAAGUUCAAGUAUAGGUCAACUCCCUGCCCUAAUGUGAAACAUGGGGACGAGUGGGGCGAGCCUUCCAAAUGCGAAAGUGGAGACAGUUGUCAGUAUUGUCACUCUCGCACUGAACAGCAGUUUCACCCAGAGAUCUACAAAUCCACCAAAUGCAAUGAUAUGCGGCAGACUGGUUACUGUCCCAGAGGACCGUUUUGUGCAUUUGCACAUGUAGAAAGAAUUCCCUCUACAGAAGAGACCAUGAGCUCAUUGCUAACAGCGAUACAGUCAAGUUCACAGUCCCAGCUGAGCUCCCAGCAGUAUUCAGAGUGUCCAGUCAAUGAGUGGAACAGUGGAGGCAACUCCACCAUCAGUGCAACCAGUAGCAACGGCCAAGUAAGAAGUGUUUCAUGUUCUAAUAGCUCAACUGUAACGCCAAGCUCAGGAAGCGACAGUUUGUUAUCCCCAGUGGGAUCCAUCAGCAGGCCCAAAUCCUUAACUAAUAGUAGUUUAUGUUCAGAGUCCACCACAUCCAGUGUCUCAUCUCUGACGUCUAACUAUCCUAAAGCUCCGGGCUUUGAACGUGAGGAUCAGAUCAAGAAUAAGGGACACAUGGAUCAAAAAUUAAUGGACCAAGAAAAACAGACACAAAAUACUGUAUUCUCUGCGGUGAACCCUUUGGCAUCAAGCUUUACCUCCAGUAUAACAUCAAGCUUGGCCUCCAGUAUUGGCUCAGAUAGUUCUUCACCCACCACCUUAUCAACAAUGAAUGCAAAAGCCACUCCUUUCUAUCCAGGGAGCAACACAGUGGAGUCUGUCAUAGGAUCUGCUCUGGACCUCAACUUCAGUGACAUUAAUGUUGCAUCUCUGGAGAAGGAGUUAGAGGAUCAAGACAACAAUGUGGGAUUGGCAAGUCAAAGGGUGCUGGGUGGAUCCGCUCCAGUUAACAUUCCUGGCUCCCUGGCACGAUCUUCUUCUUUGAAUUCCUCAUCAUCGCUCUCCACCUCUCCGCUAAGCUCCCUCUCCCAGUCCCUGUCCCAGUCUCUGCUGUCACAGCAAAAUCAACCUUCCAACAUGUUAGCCAAGCAAGAGCACGGCCUUCUGGGAACACCCACCUCCUCUUCCCAGAACUCGUUGGGCUUGAAUGGAGGAGCUAGCAACAUUUGGGACUUUGUAAGUGGCAGCUUUUCACCGAGUCCAUCUCCAGUUUUCAGCAGCCUAACCUCCACAAACAGCAGCGCUGAUCUGGCUCGCCUUUUCAGAGAACUCGAUGAGGCCAAGAGGAAGAUUAAACAAUGGGAGGAGGCCUGGCAUCAGGUCAAACAAGCGUGUGAAGCUUGCCAGAAAGACGCUCACGAAGCUAAGGAACAAGCAAAAACGGCCGAAGCAGAGCGGCAGCUGGCAGAACAGAAAUGGGAAGAAACGGAGCGCAAGCUCAAAGAGCUCCAAGGGGACUUUGAUGUGCUUUGUCGCACCCCUGGAACACCUCUUCUACGUAGCUAUGGAGAGCUGGACCAGCUCCCCUUGUCAAAGCUUCACUCCAUCCAGAGUCAGCUGCGUAAUGACCUAGACCUUAUAGACGGGGUAAUAUAUCAGCUUCAGUCAAAGAAAUGUAUAGUUUGCCAAAAGCAUGAUCGUUGCAUUGUUCUGCAGCCUUGCCAACAUUAUGUACUAUGUGAGAACUGUGCACCUAGUAAAACAGAAUGUCCCUACUGUAGAACAAAAAUAUUGAAGUGGUGAUGUACAAAUACUCAAGGUACUAUUUAAAGAAUUAGCCCUUUGAAAAACUACUAAUAGAUAUAACAUUUUCUAAAUAGCAAUGUCUGUUUCAUACAGUGAUUGAAUUAAUUUAGAUUAAAAUGAUGUUUGACUGAUGAAACGCAUAGUAUUAUGAAUUAGAUUGUGUACAGGGGAUUCAAUCGUUGUAGUUUUUGCUCAUUUUAUGUGCACGUUACCGCGGGUCAACCAGUUAGCUUUCUGUAUAAAAAGCCAUGCACUCAAAAUUAGAAUAUUAAAUUAUCUUGCAAUACCCUUUUGACCCUCAUACUACUACGAGUUUCUCAAAUAUUUAAUCGUGAUUUAGUCUUGCUUUCCAGCAAAAAAAAUGCAAAUAUGCAUUGCUCACCUGACGCAUGUCUCUUAGGUUAAAGUUGCAAACAGGACCAAUAAUCCCAGUGAAAAAGCUGGAUACACAAAGGCAUUGUCUGUGCGUUUGUAUUUCUGCCCAAUUUAUUUGCUCUUAAUGGAUUAAAAUUAGUGUGAAUAAAUGCUACUGUGAUCUCCUGAGGUAUCAUCUUCUUUACUCAAUGCACUUAAAGUCGCCCCAGAGCAAAUCUGAGGACAUUUCAGGCCAAACAUUUCAGAAAAUACUAUGGAGAUGUAUGUAAAGUCAUUUAAAGGUUUUAGUACAUCUGUUACAUGAAAGAUUGUUAUAUUUGAACAAAGAAUAUUUACGUAACUGUAACUUCAUAACUGGGAAUGGAUACGUGCUACUUUUAAAAAUCUUAAAGUCAUAUGAUUGUCAUUUACUGGAAGUCUUAAAAUAAUGUUUUCAGCGGAAAAAGUUUGAUAUUUAUAUAUAUGAUGAUAAUAUUAAAGGGUGCUACCUUGUAGCCCUCUGAUGUUCAUAGGAGAAUAUUGAAAUACAAGUUUGUCCCUUGUGAAUCUAAACAGUCCCACACAACAUUAGAGAAAUACAAAGCCAUUGUUGAUAGUUCACCACAGUAGCUCAAGUCAUAGACAUUCCAGGUUGGGACAUCAAAGACGAGGAAGUCACUGUAUACACUUUUGAAAAAUAAAACCAUGAAAUGGUGAUUUCAUGCUCACACUAGUCUGGUGAUGUUAAACAUAAAAUGGGCAAAGCUAAGUUUUCUUUAGUUAAAGAGGAAUAUCACUAAAUCAAAUAAUUCACUUUAGUGGCAUUAAAUCAAGAAACCUGAUAUAUAAGCACAUAAUCCAGAAAUCAUAUUUUUUGUGUUGGCUUUAUUAAUCACCUUAAUAGUGUGGAAUACCAGAAAAAAAUGUAUGCUUACUCCAUUCACAAAAUAUGGAGCUUCCAAAACUGAACUGGUGAAAGGGAUCCACUUUAUUGUAUCAGCAGAUAGCAUCAGCAGUAGAUCAGAUUAACAAAUUAAAUGAAAAAGCACCAUUGCCAAACUUUUGCUGUGUUCCUCUUUAAGUAAAGCCACAUUUUGUUAAACCCCAAAUCUUCAUAAUCUCAUGAUUAAUUUUUAUUAAACCAACCAGUCAAGCAUCAUUAUUUUGACCAACUUUCUGAAGAAGAUUGAUUCUUAUUAAAGCACUUUGUUGACCUGGGACUAUUAAAGGGUAUAUAGAUUUUUGCUUUAAGCUGCUUUGUAGGUAUUCUUUUGUGUCUUUUUUUUUUAGAUUUAUACUUUUUUUUUCUAUAUAAGCUAAUGUCUGAAGCUUUUGUGUGUACUGUGAAACAUAAAUUGAAUAUUUCAUGUUUCCUAUUGUUAAAUCAUGGCAUGGUUCUACAUAUUAAGAUUUAAUAGUAAAAGUACUUAAUAGUUCCUACUUUCAUAGCUAGAUUUAUAAAAUUUCAAUCAAAUAAGUGCACAUUUAAAAUGCAUUUUAAGCAUAACCAGCAGCUGUAAUAUCAGUAAGGCACAUGCUACAUGUUUAAGGCUGUUAUUCAAUCAGUUAGGUUUUUUUUGGUAGAGAUUUAUAUAGCCUAGUCAUUAGAGAAGCAUGUAUUGUAUUUGCUAAAAGCCUGAAAUGGUGAUUUUUUUUGUAGGAAUCUAGCCUCUUGACCUUGUCUAGAACAUAUCGGCCUCUAACUCUAAAGUGCCUUGACUUAGUGGAAAAGGUUAUGUGUAAAAUUGUCAGAGCAAACACAAGUAGUUGACGCUUGUGCACAGGUUUCUGCAAAAAUGUGUCUUGUUUAAUUUUGCGGAGAAGAUGACAUUCUGUAUGACUAUAUAUGUAUAUAUAAAUAUAUGCCAGUGUAUUUGGCCCAGUCCCAUUAAGUAUUUCUGCAGAAGAUAAUUGAUAACAAAAAUUGUCAGUGCCUGUGUCCUGACUUCAACUUUAGAAAUGACCCUCCCCUCUCCCCGUCCUUCCUUGGUCGUGGUGCUCUUUUGGUGCAGCUUCAGUCUUUAAAAUUAGGUUUUUCAAUUCAAUGUUUGGGAGUGUGAAAACAUACGAAAGCAAACAAAUUUGUAUUUUACGUUUGAAAAUGCUUUUUAAAGAGCUCAGUAAUAUUAAUUUGUUUUAUUGUAAUAAUUCUGCAGUGAAUGAAGAAUUAUGUAGUUAACUUGUAAGUUGUACUUUGCAUAGGAUUCGUGCUUAGGUUCCUCUAAUUGAAAUGACCUUCUACUGUGUUAAAGAAUCUUUUUAUUCUCGCUUUAAAUUCAAUAGAAAAUCAUGUAUCGCCAGGUACACUUUUUGCUACUUAUAAAUAUGGGAAAAUGCAUUGUUUACAUUCACAUAAAUGACAAUUAAGCAACUCAGAGGAAAAAUAUCAAGAAAGGUUAUGGUAUUUUCAUGAUUAUAUUACAGCAUAAAAGGCAGGCUAAAACACAUCUGGUAUUGCAUGUUAUGCGAUAUAUUAACCAGCUACAAAAAUAGAAAAAAAAAAAGUUCGCACUGUGUCACACUGCCAGAAUAUUUGUAUUGACUUAUUUUUAGUGUAGUAAAGGCUUAAUAACUUCUGCAAGCUUUGCUGCUAUUGGAAAAGGUAUUAAUGUAGUUUCUUGUAAUACAUUUAGAUGUUUGAAUGUUGUUAUGCAUCCACAGCUCAGAUUUCAGAAACUAGGAAAUAAUCUGUCUUCUGCAUCUAACUUGACUAAACCUUAUUUGAUUUAAUUAUUCAUUUGUUAAUCCAUUUGAGUCUAAUUUUCAGUACUUUUGUAAAUCCCCUAGAAUGAUGUCACAGACAUUUACUGCUGUAGAUUGUCCAUUUUUUAAAGAUGAUUGAAGGUAAAUGUAUUUUUGUCCUCCAUACGCUGCAUAGCAGUGUACGGUGCAGCUAAUUUCACAGGGUCCUUUGGUCUAGUUUGUUUUGCCUGUGAAGCCAACAAAAGUACUGAUGUCUAGUGUGAAAUUCGAAAAAUGAACCACAGUGGUGUUCUAGUAGCUGUCUAAAUAUGUAUUUUAAAUGGAAAAUGUACCCUUGAACUGAAUUUAAAUAAUUGCUAAGAUAUUGGGCGGAUCAGCCUGUAGUUGUGAACAGGGCUGGGCCUUGCCGAGUUAGAAAAGUGCAUUUGAGAGCACCAUGGUCAUCUAGAUGAAACUGAGACAAAGUCCAGCAUUGUGAGUGAUGGGAAUUCUGUUUUCGGAUGGAUUUUUGCUGUAAUAUUUCAUUCAGUAGGACAUUUAUCUUGAAGAGUAAAUGACAGGACUAUGCCAACGGCUUUUGCUUACAACAUUAAUGGACUUGAGCCCAUUUUUUGCAGUUUUACCAAAGACCUGUACUGUUGUUAUUUUCUUUUGUAUUACAUUUCAUCACUCUUUUUUUUCAGUAAAAAACCUAAAUUGAUUUUUUCUUCUUCAAUGAAUCACCUAGUACCUUAAAUAGAUAAUAUUCAUUAAUAGUAAUUAAUGCUAUUUUUUCCAUGUAAAGUUGGCUAUAGUGAGUUGAUGCACAAAUGAACAAAAAUGCAUGGGUCGGAUCCUGAAAAAAUGUGUAUUUGUACAUUUGAUUUCGUGUUAAUUAUACAUUGGCGUUUAUGGCAGAUUUGUGCAAUACUGGCUAGCACAUGCUGACCUUAAGCGAGGAUUCAGUGUCAGUUUAAAUGUCUGCAGUGAAGGAAUGUCAAAGGUGAAUGACAUUUGUGCGUCUGAAGUGGCCAUAUACAGUUGUAUGCAGGAGUUUGGGCACCUUUUGACAAAUAAUAUUGUGGUGAUUUUUUUAUUGAAAAGAUGUAAACAGCCUCUCUAGGAUUUGGGACAUAAAACACAAUAUUUAUAGCAAGCAUUAAUGCAUAGAUACUUCUUACUUCAUAUAUGCGUCGAAAAUAAAACCUUGUGGCACGUGCAAAAGUUUGGACACCCUAGGAUUUCUGAAGUCUCAGACCUUGAUCAGUUCAUUAUGCCUGAGUUAUGUCAACAGUUGUCAUAAAGAAAUAUCAGCAGGUGACAGUUUUUAAGCUUUACAAAUACUCAGACUCUUCGAAACUUCUGCGAACAAUCAGCAACCAUGGGUUCAUGUAAGCAGCAGUGGAAGACUGAAAAUUAAAAGUUAGAGACGCCCAUAUUGUAGGGGAAGGAUACAAGAAGAUAGUAAAGCGCUGUUAGGUUACGGUGUCCACUGUGAAGUUUAAUUUAAGAGACAGCAGUUUAGGGGAACUGUGGCAGUCAAGAUGAUGUCUUGAAGAGCAAGAAAACUGAGCUGUUCAUAUGCUGGUCAAAAAGGUAAAUAGAAAAAAACAAAACAAUUUGACUGCAAAAAAGCCUGCAGGAAGAUUUAGUAGACUCAGGAGUGAUGGUGCACCUUUCCACUUCUGCAGCAAUGCUUGCACAAACAUUACUUUCAUGGAAGAUUCAGUAGAAGAAUACCUAACCUGCAUCCUCAUCGUAAAAUUCAAUGUUGGAAGUGCUUUAGACGCUUUGGCCACAACUACUAAAGGAGU